GUGUAAAACAUUUGAAGGAUUUUCCAAUUCUGCCAGGAGAAAUAUUCAAAUAUAAGUGGACAGUGACUGUAGAAGACGGGCCAACUAAAUCAGAUCCUCGGUGCCUGACACGCUAUUACUCUAGUUUCAUUAAUAUGGAGAGAGAUCUAGCUUCAGGACUCAUUGGCCCUCUCCUCAUCUGCUACAAAGAAUCUGUAGAUCAAAGAGGAAACCAGAUGAUGUCAGACAAGAGGAAUGUCAUCCUAUUUUCUGUAUUUGAUGAGAAUCAAAGCUGGUACCUCACAGAGAAUAUGGAACGCUUUCUCCCCAAUGCAGCUGGAGUGCAGCUUGAGGAUCCAGACUUCCAAGCCUCCAAUAUCAUGCAUAGCAUCAAUGGCUAUGUUUUCGAUAGUUUGCAGUUGUCGGUUUGCUUGCAUGAGGUGGCAUACUGGUACAUUCUAAGCAUUGGAGCACAGACUGACUUCCUUUCUGUCUUCUUCUCUGGAUAUACCUUCAAACACAAAAUGGUCUAUGAAGACACACUUACCCUAUUCCCAUUCUCGGGAGAAACUGUUUUCAUGUCAAUGGAAAACCCAGGCCUAUGGAUCCUGGGGUGCCACAACUCAGACUUUCGGAACAGAGGCAUGACUGCCUUACUGAAGGUUUCUAGUUGUGACAAGAACACUGGUGAUUAUUAUGAGGACACUUAUGAAGAUAUUUCAACAUACUUGCUGAGUGAAAACAAUGGCAUUGAACCAAGAAGCUUCUCCCAGAAUUCAAGACACCCUAGCACUAAGCAAAAGCAAUUUAAUGCCACCACAAUUCCAGAAAAUGACAUAGAGAAGACUGACCCUUGGUUUGGACACAGAACACAUAUGCCUAAAGUACAAAAUGUCUCCUCUAGUGAUUUGCUGAUGCUUUUGCGACAGAGCCCUACUCCACAUGGGCUAUCCUUACCUCAUCUCCAAGAAGCCAAAUAUGAGACUUUUUCUGAUGAUCCAUCACCUGGAGCAAUAGACAGUAAUGACAGCCCAUCUGAAAUGACACACCUCAGUCCACGGCUCCAUCACAGUGGGGACAUGGUAUUUACCCCAGAACCAGGCCUCCAAUUAAGAUUAAAUGAGAAACUGGGGACAACUAUGGCAACAGAGUUGAAGAAACUUGAUUUUAAAAUUUCUAGUUCAUCAAAUAAUCUGACUUCAACAAUUCCAUCAGACAAUUUGGCAGUAGGUACUGAUAAUACAAGUUCCUUAGGAUCCCAAAAUAUGCCAGUUCAUUCUGAUAGUCAGUUAGACACCACUCUAUUUGGCAAAAAGUCAUCUCCCAUUAUUGAGUCUGGUGUACCUCUGAGCUUGAGUGAAGAAAAUAGUGAUUCAAAGUUGUUAGAAUCAGGUUUAAUGGAUAGCCAAGAAAGCUCAUUGGGAAAAAAUGUAAUAUCAACAGAAACUGGUAGGUUAUUAAAAGAGAAAAGAGCCCAUGGACCUGCUUUGUUGACUAAAGAUAAUGCCUUAUUCAAAGUUGGUAUCUCCUUGUUAAAGACAAAAGAAUCUUCCAAUAAUUCAGCAACUAAUAGAAAGACUCACACUAAUGGCCCAACAUUAUUAAUUGAGAAUAGUACAUCAGUCUGGCAAAAUAUAUUAGAAAGUGAUACUGAGUUUCAAAAAGUGACACCUUUGAUUCAUGACAGAAUGCUUACAGACAAAAAUACUACAGAUUUGAGGCUAAAUCAUAUGUCAAAUAAAACUACUUCAUCAGAAAACAUGGAAAUGGUCCACCAAAAAAAAGAGGGACCCAUGCCACCAGAUGCAGAAAAUCCAAAUAUGCCAUUCUUUAAAAUGCUAUUCUUGUCAAAAUCAGCAAAUUGGAUACAAAGGAGUCAUGGAAAUAACUCCCUGAACUCUGGGCAAGGCCCUAGUCCAAAGCAAUUAGUAUCCUUAGGACCAGAAAAAUCUGUGGAAAGUCAGAAUUUUUUGUCUGAGAAAAAUGAAGUGGUAGUAGGAAAGGACGAAUUUACAAAGGACACAGGACUCAAAGAGAUAAUUUUUCCAAGCAGCAGAAACCUAUUUCUUACUAACUUGGAUAAUUUACAUGAAAAUAAUACACGCAAUCAAGAAAAAAAUAUUCAGGAAGAAGUAGAAAGGGAGGAAACAUUAAUCCAAGAGGAUGUAGUUUUGCCUCAGAUACAUACGGUGACUGGCACUAAGAAUUUCAUGAAGAACCUUUUCUUACUAAGCACUAGACAACAUGUAGAAGGUUCAUAUGAGGGGGCAUUAAAUGAUUCGACAAAUAGAACAAAGAAACACAAGGCUCAUUUCUCAAAAAAAAGAGAGGAAGAAAACUUGGAAAGCUUGGGAAAUCAAACCAAGCAAAUGGUAGAGAAAUCUCCGCAUACCACAAGGCUAUUUCCUAAUCCAAGCCAGCAGAAUGUUGUCACUCAACGUGGUAAGAGAGCUUUGAAACAAUUCAGACUCCCAGUAGAAGAAACAGAACUUGAAAAGAGGCUAAUUGUGGAUGACACCUCAAUCCGAUGGUCUGAAAACAUGAAACAUUUGACCCCGAGCACACUCACAAAGAUAGACGUCAAUGAAAAAGACAAAGGGGCCAUUACUCAGUCUCCCUUAUCAGAUUGUCUUACGAGGAAUCAUAGCAUCACUCAAGCAAAUAGAUCUCCAUUACCCAUUGCAAAGCACCAUCUUAUAGAAAGAAAAUUUCUGGGGUCCAAGAAAGCAGUCGUUUCUUACAAGGAGCCAAAGAAAAUAACCUUUCUUUAG